UUUAUUUGUAAGAUACUGAUGAAGAACUGGCUGCUGCUUCUGUAUGUAGUUCAUGGACUCCUGGCUGUCUUUUAUGGCUGUGGUCAAGAAAUAUUCCUCUUGUACUGGCAAUUGGAGCUUUGGGUCUACUGUUUGCAUUAUAAUGAAACUUUUCAGUGCAUUCAAGUCUAAUUCACCGAGAUCCAAUUGGAAUUUUCAGCAUAGAUUGCUCAGGGUCAGGUCAUGGUUGCCUGAUCUUAAAAAGGCGCUCAAUAAGCGUUUCAAAUGGCGAUUUGUGUUGGCCGGCCUCAUUGCAAUGUCGAUAGCUGCAUUGAGCUGGGAUAUGGAAAGCCUCGAGACAUCCUGGAUUUGGCACAGUGCUUGGCAUGUGAGCAUAUAUACAUCUGCCUUCUUCUUCCUUUGCUCAAGAUCAACUGUUCUGGACGGUGGUGGCAGUGAAGCAGUGGAAGAUGAUGCAAGAUCUCUAACAGUUCAGUAGACUAGCCGUCGAAGAUCUUUUUGUGCACGCUACUAGUACUUG